GAAAAGAUAUAUGAAUGUAAAUAAUCAGAUGCGGAAGACCCCAGAGUUAAAAUGGACAGUCCUCCUGAGAAUGAUUGCUGUGCAGUAUGCCAUGGCCGCUUCAACAUUCCCUGUCAAGCCAAUUGCUCCCACUGGUUUUGCGGAAGUUGUAUUAUGCUUGUUUGGCAUCAUGGACCAGCAUUUCAGCCAUGUAAAUGUCCUCUUUGUCGCCGGGAAAUUACUUUAUUGGUUCCAAGUGAGGCUUCAUUAAGACAACGCCAUGACAAUGAUGCUGCAGAGGUUCUGGGAAAGGUUGAAAGAUACAAUCGUUCUUUUGCUGGGCAUACUCGUGGCCUUUUUCAGAGACUUCAAGACCUUCCUUUCUUUAUACGGAGGUUGUUACGAGAACUAAUGGAUCCUCAGAGAUCUCUUCCACUUGUCAUAAGGGCACGUAUCUACAUUGCAAUGGCAAUGAGUGGUGUUUACGUACUCAGUCCGAUUGACAUCAUUCCAGAAGGCGUACUGGGUAUAGUUGGUCUGUUGGAUGAUCUUCUCAUCGUUCUUAUUUUCUUCUUUCAUGUUGCUGCCAUUUAUCGCUCCGUUCUCUAUUUUCGUCAUGGCGGUUAGGACAGUCUAUAGAAACCUGAAAUUUGUUUAUUUGUUUGUUUGUUUGUUUUAAAUAUAUAGAGGUAAAAGUGGAAUAGGAGCUAAAUUCUUUUCAAUUUAUAACUGUGUAAGCUUAGUCCUGUACUUAACUGCCACUUUCUCCUUAUAAUAUAUUUGUAUGAUGUGUAUAAAUUAAUAUCUUAUGGCUUAGAAGAAUUUUUUUA